CAUCAUCGGGCAUCGCCUGACGCGGCACCGCCUGCCACGCCGCGCGCGGCGGCGCCGCAAGCCACGCUGCGGGGGGCGGCCGGCGAGUUCUCCAGAGCGACCGAGGACCAGAGAGGAAAAGGACGUCUCGCUGGCUCCGAGAACGACCGAGGAGAUCGACCAGCUCCUCGACGCCGCCGACAUCGUCAUGGGGAGGCUCGAGCGCGACGUGGCGAGGAAGGUGAAGAUGCAGAAGCAUGAGGCGGACAUGCUGCGGUGCAUCGAGCUGCUGCGAGACUCCAUGAGCGGCACGAUGGUUGCUCGGACAUGGUGCUCCGAUGGCGACCUGCUGGUCCAGCUCUUCGGAGGGGACUGCAAGCGCAUCGCCAGGAUACGAGCCCUGCUGAAAAAGGUCAAGUUUUCCACGGAGUCCAACCGCGCGGACAAGCGGAUGCCCUCGUGCAAGAAGCAGUGCCGCAUCGUGGAGGGCGUGCUGCGGGACCUCGGCCACGCCGCGGCCCUCCGGGAGGCCCAGGAGGCCCUCGCGGAGCGCAUGCUCACGGAGAGGCAGGCGUCGGCCCAGGAGUCCACCCGCCUGGCGGCCGCCAGCCAGCCCGCCUCCGCCUGCCUCAGCCCGGUCUCGCCGCCCCUCGCGGCCGACCAGCAGCCGGCUUCCGACUGCCCGGCCCCGGAGCCACCGCCCGGGGCGGCCGCCGAGCGGCCGCCUGCUGCCGAGAGGCCGCGGGCCGCGGCGGCCGCCGCCGAGGAGCCG